AUGCAACAGGCAGACUCCAUCAAAAAGCUUCAAAAAUCCCUCGAUGAAGCCUGGACAAAAAUUCAUAACCUCCAGGCGGAUAAAGAGAAUGUUGAAGAGGAAGUGAAGAAGGCGGCGGGGUCCCUCAAACUCUUUGAGGCGACCAAAAAGGAGAACUCCUUGCUGUUGACUGAGAACUGCCACCUAAAGAAGGAUACAGCUUCCGCCAGUCAGAACUUCCAAGCCACCUUGGAAGCUGAACAAAGCCGGCUCAUCGAGGAGAAUGAGCAAGACUGUGAAAACCGCAUACAAAUGGCUUGGUCCCAGAUUUUUUACAGUAUGAAACAAAAGAAAGUUCAACGUAAGAGACCGAGAACAGUAGUUCAACGUAAGAGACCGAGAACAGUAGUUCAACGUAAGAGACUGAGAAGAGUAGUCCAAAACCUUCCACUGAACCAAAGAUCUCCAUUUAUGGUUCAGAAUGAAAAACCAUUAUCAGAUGUUGAAUUAAGGAGAGUUGUUGAUUAUGCUUUGUUGCUUGAAGACAAAACGGAAGAGUUAUUUUAUGACGACUUGAACUAUAUCACCAGAAACGAAUUUUCAUCAUUGAAGGAGGGCACUCAUAUUGUAAACGAGAUGAUUGAUACUUGGGAACACAUUCUCAAUGAAGUAAACAGGAAAAAAAACCCUCAUUCAAAGGAAAAGAAAGAGAGAUUUUUCUUCAGCACAGUUCCCUCGGUAAACAUUGUUCCAAACUUAUUCUCUUUGUAUUAUAGUUCAAUAAAGUUCUUAUUAACUAUUAACAUGUUGUGA